CCUAUUAAACUUGUUCCUAAUGUUCGUAACCUCAAUUCUAAAAUAAAAUACGAAGUUUGUAAAAUUGAGUUUUAAAAUGUUUUGUCAAUUGUGUUGUAAUUCUGCUAAAACGGCACUAUAUAGGCAGAAAUAUACUAUUUUUAAAUAUAUCAAAGGGAUAAACUGUGCACAAUACUUUCAAGGAAGAAACAAUUCUACUGCUUUGUUUAAUAGUAUUGGUACAAAAUCUCCAUAUUUAGGUUCGUGCCAGGUUGAUACAAAUACUUAUGGAAAAAUAAGGAUUCGAAAUUAUGUUACAAACACUGACAAAGAAAAGUAUAAUCAAUUAAAAACUAAGAAACCACAGAUAGAUAACCUUUUAAAUUUUACAAAUAAAUAUAAGGAAACUAUUCCAAAGCAAACUUUUUUGGAUGAUUUUGAAUCCAACAAGGUAGAGCAAAUCUAUUAUGCAGAAAGAGAAGAAAUUAAAAAUAUUUCAAAAUUAUUUCCUAUGCCCAAAAAUACAUUACAUAACAUAUUUAAUGUAGUAGCAGAUGAAACAAAGAAUGAUUCAUUUAAAUUGGCGCCAUCUUUCAAGUCAAUUCCAACGAACAGGGCAAGUUCUACAUGGAUAUGUACAUACAGUUUGAAGUGGCCUGUUGAGAUAAAAUUUUUAGCUAAAGACCACAGAAAAAAAGUAGCUGCCGAUAAAGCAGCACUUUCAGCUUUAACAUGGUUACGAGCAAAUAAUAAAAUUACAGCUGCAGGAUCUCCAAUAAUUUACGAUAAAGAAGAGGUAAAACAAUUAACAAAAAGUAGUAUACCAGAAAUACAGCUUAAUAAGAAUACAUUAGAAAUUAUGGACAAUAUAAUAUCAACAUAUGAAACGAAAAUGAACCCGUUUGUUUUAAAAUCGCAAGAAACUUCAUCUGAUCUUUUACCAGAGUCAUUAAAAAUAGCACAAGAACACGAACUUAAUCCAAAUUUAGUGAAAAAGAAAUUCUUAGGUUUCGAAAAAUAUAUUGCGAAAGAAAAAACUACAUUACCGAUAACACCAUACAAGGAACAGUUUAUAGACUUACUCAAUUCAAACCAAAUAAUUAUAGUCAGAGGUCAACCUGGUUGUGGCAAAAGUACUCGAAUACCGCAAUAUGUUUUGGAGGCUUGGGCUAGAGGAGAUGGUUUAGAUGGGAAGACAGGUAUGAUUGCCGUUACGCAACCUAGAAGAAUAGCAGCCAUAUCUUUGGCAGAAAGAGUUUCCAGUGAACGAAAUGAAUCUGUCGGUCGUACAGUGGGACAUCAAGUUCGACUUAACUCAAACUUUCAUCCAGCAACUGGAAGAAUUUUAUAUUGUACAACGGGUAUACUUUUACGACAUGUCCAAUCAGAUAGCACCUUAUCACAAUUUAGCCAUAUAAUUUUGGACGAAGCUCACGAAAGAGAUGUCAACACUGAUCUGCUAAUGAAUUUGUUGAAGUUUUCGUUAAACAACAAUCCUCACUUAAAGUUAAUUGUUAUGAGUGCUACUAUAGAUACUGAUAUGUUUAAGAAAUAUUUUGAUGGUGCUCCAGUGAUUGAAAUACCGGGAUUUACCUAUCCAAUUGACAGGUAUUUUGUAGAUUCAGUGGAUGAAGUUGAUCUAACCAAAACUAAGGCCAUGUGUGAGAGCUUCGCCCCAGCAGUAAUACACGAAGAUGUUUCUAAAGUUAUUGAUUAUAUCGAUUGCACUAAACCCGAAGGUGCGAUUUUGUGCUUCCUCCCUGGCUGGGAGGACAUAACGAAAGUUCAAAGAAUGAUUCCUCAGAGGGGCCACACUGCGGUAUAUUGCUUACAUUCCAGAUUGAACGACACAGAACAAUUUAAAAUAUUUAGUAGACCUCCACCAGGAACCAGAAAAAUUAUUCUAGCUACAAAUAUUGCCGAAACUUCAGUUACGAUUGACGAUGUUGUAUAUGUGGUUGAUACUGGUAUCCACAAGGAGCAGAGAUUCGAUACAGAAAAAGGUAUUAAAUGCAUUGAUAACCACUGGAUAUCAAAGGCAAGUGCAACUCAACGCAGUGGAAGAGCAGGUCGAGUGCAACCAGGGCAAUGUUACCAUCUUUAUACAAGAUCAAAAUAUGAAUCUUUUGAAGAAUAUUCAUUACCAGAGAUAAUGCGGACUUCAUUGACGAAAAUAGUGUUAGAUUCAAAAGCUUUCAGUAAUAAUAUGGAGACGAUGACAUUUAUGAAAACUCUUCCAACCCCGCCAGAAGAAAGUACCGUUUCUAAAGCGAUAGAAGAAUUAAAGGAACUGGAACUACUAGAUAAUAAUGAAAAUUUGACCCCUCUCGGUAAAAGGCUAGCAGAAUUCCAGCUAGAACCAAAGCUAGCAAAAACAUUAGUUAAUUCUUAUAUAUUCAAAUGUCUCUCUCCAAUAGUCGAUAUUAUCACUCUUUUCUCUACGGAUAUUGAAUUAUUCUCGUCUGGUUUAAUUGACAAAGAAACCAUAAAAGAAAUAAAAAGCGAGUUUUCCAAGGACAGCGACCAUCUAGCUAUGAUGAGGCUGUUUGAAAAAUUUAUGGAGUUUGAUGAAGUUGUAGAUAACCGUCAAAUAAGACAAUUUUGUAAGGAUUUAAGUUUGAUACCGCACCGAAUGGAGAUGCUUAGAAAAUUAAGAAAAAUUCAUUUUGACUACUUAGUAGAUGGAUUGCACGAUGUACUCCCAUUUUCUGAUGAUUCUUCAGACAACGACGAGUUAGUCAAAGCCGUUUUGUAUUCUGGUAUUGGAAAUAUUUUACAAUACCGUAAUUGGGAUAUUGUAAAAAAUCGUUUAAAGAAUAAUACCAACGUCCUACUUACUAGGAAUAAUCAUAAAGCCACCAUCACUCCAGAAAGUGUAAACUACAGGCGAUACAAAUUUCCUUCAAAUUAUCUUCUCUACAUCAAUGAAACCAGAUCCAAUAUUCGAAGAACGACUUUGGUCAGGGAAUGUAGCUUUUUAACCAAUUUGUCAGUAUUGUUAUUUUCCAAUAGGGAUUUACAAAUUAAUAAGGUCUGUGAUAUAGAUAAUAAUCAUACCGAAGAUAGAAAGGUUGAAUUAGUUGUUAAGAAUACAAAUAUUAAGUUUAUUUGUGAUGAAAGGCAAGCCGAAAAAAUAAUUAGAUGUAAAGAAGUUAUUAAAUCGUGUUACCAAUAUUUUAUAACCCAGUUAACCAGUGUUGGUGAGCGUAAUGGAGAUGUGAAUAUUAUUUGGGAUAAUAUCUUAGAAAACAUAAAUGAAAUAAUAAAGAAUUCUAAAAAUUAA